AUGGGUGUUUUCAGAAGAAAGUUUGAGGCCAGUCUGUUGAUAGAUCAAGUUGAGUAUGUCAAUGGAGGAACGUUAACAGGUCUGCUCUGUGACAGCCAAGUCUAUCUCUCAUGGAUCGCUAGGAUAGGUUUAGCGUCGGACAUUGCAGGAGCUAUGGCCCACCUACACAAGAAAGCCAUUAUGCACAGGGAUCUAACAUCUUCAAACAUUCUCAUCAAAAGAAUUGGUUUGGAUAUCAAGGCCAUCAUCUGUGAUCUAGGACUCUCUUGCAGGUUUCCAAGGGAAUUGUCAAGUUUGAAGUCUCCAGUUGGAACUCCAUUCUGGAUGGCUCCCGAGUGCUUGCACUACAAACCAUAUGAUGAGAAGAUUGAUGUUUUCUCAUUUGGUAUUGUACUUUGUGAGAUCAUAGCGAGAGUGACGGCAGACCCCGAGGAACUUCCGAGGUUACAGAACUUUGGUCUUGAUGAAGUGGGCUUCCAGGCCAUCAGCUCAGAUUGUCCAGAACCUCUGCUAGAGCUUGCUUUCUUAUGUUGCAAAAUGGAUAAGAGGACUAGGCCGGCGUUCGUAGACAUCGAGUUUCAGCUGCAGCAUAUCAAGAUCAAACUUGGAAGGAAAGACAGAUUGAUGACUGGAAAGGGAGAUAAAAGCAAGAGGUCUCGGCGUCACACUGUUUAUCUCAAUGUUCCUGAAGCACCUAAUGCUCCAACAGCUCAGCAACCAAGGAAACAUCCUCUUGUAAGAAGCAACUCUGACAGAGGGGCCCGCGAUGGCGAUCGAAGACAUUCUCGCCAAAUGAACCAAACAAACCCCUUUGAUACGCCGUCAUUGAACGGUGGCAGGACAAAAUUUGUGAAUUCGGGCAGGGACCAGCUGAAGCAGUUAUCUCCGGACGUGUCGCUGGACAUAGGUCAAGUGCUGUCCACCCUGUUUGGGAGGACGGACAUAAUGAAUAUUUUUGAAAAGCCAAUAAAGAGAAGACUUUCCGUUUCCUUGCCUUCAUCACCGGAGCUCCAUCGACGGGAGAUGUCGAUAGAGGACGAUGAAUUCUUCGACGACCUCAUGAGCUGGCCAAGCUCUUCGGACACUUUUGAACUCAGUACGAGUAGAACACCUCCCCCUCCAGAUGAUAUGUCACCCCUGUGUGAAGUGGGAGAGUCGGCAGAGUCUGCAUCGUGUAGCAGUGCACAGGGUGAUACCAUUUUAAAUAGUAGCACAGAUGGAGGGGAGUUUCAUGAAAGCAAUAGGAAGGGACCAAAUGUCAAUAACAACAUCAGGUAGGACUCGAGGAAUAGAUGUCUUAUAACCAGAGGAAACUAUGGUCUGGAUGAGCCAACCAAGAGACGGAUGGAUAGUGGAUUUAUGGAUUCACAAUGAUAACCCUGUAUCUAGGCUGAAAUUAAUAACAAAGUAUGCCAAAUAUUAAAAAAAGCAAUUAACCAUGUUACGUUCGUACAUAAAGUCUUUGGAGUUUCAAGGGUUAUACAUGUACUUUAUGUGUGUGUAUCUUCUAUGCAGACAGGCAUAGGUUAAGUCUUUACCACUGAUAUGAAUAUGCAGAUCUUUGUGUAGAGACAGACAUUAGUCAUGAAGUAUUUUACUAAUUAUCUAGUCUCUUAUCAUGGUAUAACCUCUUGUAUUAGAACAUAAUAAUGAGGAUUUUCAUCUGAAAUUUUCAAGUGAAUUUUUAUGCAUCUGGCUGUGACGAUCCACUGCAUAUGAUUUGGUGCAGUCUGCUUAGUCAGUAUAUUUUAGUCUGGCAUUAGAAUUAAGUGAUAAUGGCUGUAAAAAUAUCUGCAUUUUAAUAGCCAGUAUUAUAAACUCUGGCUGAAUUCAAACUCUUGAUCAUUUUAUUGCUGCAGUCACCAAAAACAAAUCUGACUCAUAAAGCCUAUGCCAAGUAAAGUUCAAAGUAUGUAUCUGCCUGUGCGCAGUAUGUAUGACUGCACGCAUGUAAACUGCAUGCAGGCCAGACUCCAGUCAUGUAGGGGGCUGAUUUAGAGUACCGUAAUGCAAAAUACAUCAGCCAAACAACUGACAAUUGAAUAACAAAGACGGUUACGUAUACCGCCCUGGUUGGUGUUUCAUAAAGCUGUUCGUAAGUUAUGAGUGACUUUACGAACAACUGGUGAUCCUUUCUUUGAGGUAAGUUAUGCGCACCAGAUUUUCAUUGGUGUGGAUGUAGUUCGUAAGAAAGGAUCACCAGUCGUUCGUAAAGUGGCUCAUAACUUACAAACAGCUUAAUGAAUCAUCCAACAGGGUUUGUUUGUGAUUGAAUGGGUACGAAAGCACUUUUUGCAGUUGUCUGAAAGCAUGAAGAUCCUGUUCACAAGGACUUGAAAUAAUAACAAAUGCACAAUUUCAAUGACAAGUGUACUAUCUGCCAAUCAAACUGAAAGAUUUCAGUAGCUUUAAACUGUUCUUGCAAAGUUGGUAUUAUAACAAGUUUUGUGAACCGGGCUCCUGUUGAAGAUUGCAAGACGUGAACAAGCAGAUGGUAUCUUUAGACGGAAGUACCGGUACAAGCGCCUUUUAGAGAGCAGUGCUCGCCAAGUUACAUGAAGAUUGGACCAAACAUACCUGCAUAACUCAUUCAUCUAAUGCUUAAGUUCAUUCCACGGUCACAUAAAAACAGCAGCUGGAAGAUAUUAUAAUAAAUUAUAUAAAGAGCAACUCAAAAGUUGGGUUUAAUAGCAAUUAUUCGCAAAAAGGGAUCAGUUUAUUUAAUUUUAUUUUUUGAAAACCCUAGUUGGUUACUUCAGGUACAGUUUUGGAUGUGGGUAUUGAAAGCAUGAAUGAGGCUACUUAUCUUUUUUCAAACACCAACUUAUCUUAGUUUCAACACCAAUUUAUCUUACUUCCAAACCCAUUUGAUUCCGAAACCAUCUUAUCUUAGUUCCACAGCCAAUUUAUGUUCGUUCCAAAACAAAAUUGUUCUCGUUCCAAAACCAAUUUUUGGUUUAGAAAAUGAUACUAUUCUUGUUGUUGAUAGCAUCUACCCUUCACCAAAUAAGACUUUGAUUCCCAUUUUUUUUCCCAAUAUAAAUCAACUUUGGAGUGAACCAAGGUCAUAUUUCAUGAUCAUCAUUGAAACUGCCAGUUGGUCUUUUGUGACAUCCAACUACUUCCAUUAUAAUCAACAUAUUUUUGCAUGUACACAUGUACAAAUAAAAACAAAUGCCUUAGAUAGAAAGCAAAUUUCACCAAAUGAAAAAAAAAAUGUAUAUCUAUAUUUAUGUAUGUAUUGGAUGUGAGGAAUAUAUUUUUCUUCUCUUCCCCACAUCUGCAUAGAGUGAUAUGUCAGGGCAUUGCAUAUAUAUUUUUUAUUACCUGGUAUCUGACACCAAGGUUUACAAUCAGAAUACCAUGGAUAAUGAACGUUUGUUUUGUACGCUGUUUGUACUAAAUUAGAGGUGGUUUCACAAACAGUCAAGUGUGAAUUAAAAUAAUACUAAAACUGACUUUGAAAUUAAGUCAACGCUGACUUGAAAUCCUGUUAAGUGACAACAUUGAUUAAACAUCUAACACCAUCGAUGACCUGGGUGCAGUAACAUGUUUUCUCUGAACAUUGUCUGCCCAUUGCAGAUGAUUCCUUGUAUACUGCAUGCAAGUAGAAUAUAAUGGGGAAUUUUAAGUAACUUAAAAUCAAUUACAAAUGUGUUUGGGGGUUCCCAGGUUGAUCAUAUGUCUUGCAAUCAAUUGCAAAUUCACAACUUAUUUCCUAUCUGCUUCUUGCAUCAAGGAGUGUAACCUGAGUUGCUGCAGCUAACACUAGGUGGUUUCAGACCGCCUCGAAGUUCGCCAGUUCCAGGUAUUCUCUGAUCGGGGUAAAUUUACCCCGAUCAGAAAAUACCAGGUAUUUUGGCGGUCUGAAAGCAAACUACGCGUAAUAUCCCCGAAAGAAAAUACCCGAUAAAUAGUAGGUACUUGGCGAAAUUACGAGAACUUUCGCAGGGAUUUUUUCAAGGUCGCAGGUAUUUUGGCGGUCUGAAAGCAAAUUACGGGAACUUUUAGCCCAGCGUGUCGUUGGGUGCGGCGCCGUGCAUGGGUUGCUGCUGGGCUAGUGAUUUUGAAUCUCGCGCCUUGCCUGCUUAUUAGACCAUACUGCGCAUGCUCCUAACUUCAGGAAUUUAUCCCGAAGUGUAUGUUUCGGGGCGGUCUGAAUGCAGGAAUAAUAAAUGGGUA